AGAAAAUUAUUUUUGAUGUUAUAUUUUUAUUUUUAAAAGUUUUAUUUUCCCCUGGUUUACUACUGGCGGUACAGUGGCGGACGCGAAAUGCCUACAUUUUUGUUUACUGUAAAUAGAGAUAGCCGACUAGAUGAGCUAUGCACAUUUUGUCUAAAGAGACUAUUAAAUUGUAUAUUGCUUUGUCCAAGACGUAGAUUUAAGCUUGUUUCGGAAUAAAAGUCUAAUUGUUUUACUGCACUGUCGCUUGAGGCAAAGAUGAUCGAGGUGGUGGCCUCCAUGGCCCGAGGCCCCGUGUUUCUGGCCGGGGAGCUUAUGGAGUGCCUCAUUACAUUCACCAACCCGAUGUCUCAUCUCUCCACCUCUGCGAGCAGUGAGAUGCUGGCAUGGGCCAGUGCCCAGAUCCACUGCCAGUUUCAUGCCAGUGAGAACAGAGUUGCCCUGCCGGCCCAGGGAAACAAGCAGGAUGUCCAGGCUGAGAGCGACACAGUGCUUAUUCCUAGCAGAGGGGAGCGAGGGCAGUGUGUGCUGGACACACCACCCAAGAUACUAUUUUGUGAUCUGCGCUUGGACCCUGGAGAGAGUAAAACUUAUUCAUACAGUGAGGUUGUGCCCAUCGAUGGUCCUCCUAGUUUCCGCGGGCAGGCGGUGAAGUACGUCUACAAACUGACCAUUGGCUGUCAGAGGGUCAACUCUCCCAUCAAACUCCUCAGAGUCCCCUUCAGAGUGCUGGUUCUGCAAGGUAUGCCAGAGCCUCCUUUUCCUCAGGAUGAAGAAGUUUCUCCCUCUAACCCCUUCCUGGAGGAGGAGGAGGCAAGCCGCAGGGAUGCCCGGCCUUUAGAGAGAGCACUGGAUAUGCUGAUGGUCACCACCUCUAGGCGCUGCCCUCACAUGUUUAAUAUCACAAAUAUGCGUGGGAAAGUGGCAAAGUUCUGCAUCUUCAAGACUGUUUACAGACUCGGAGAGGACAUCAUUGGCACAUUCAACUUCUCAGAGGGAGACAUCCCCUGCUUGCAGUAUUCAGUGAGCCUUCAGAGUGAGGAGGAGAUCCAGCAGCAGUACCAGCGGCGACCCGGACAGGCCAUCAGUGUGACCGGACAUGGACGACAUAUGGAAUCCUGCCUCCACACCGCCUCCAGCCACUUCUCUCUCCCCAUCCCCCUGAACGUCACGCCGGGUUUCAGCACAGAUAUAGUGACCCUGAGGUGGCGCUUGCACUUUGAAUUCGUCACAGCCCGUGAGCCGAUGGAGCCACCCACUGUUCUGCAGAACCAAUCGGAGGUGACUGUUUGGGCUGGGGCGGAGCAUGUCGAUGUGGACACCUUUAGUUGGAAUCUGCCCAUCAAAGUGCUGCCUACGAAUCCAGCCUUGGCGUCCUAUGUCUCCCAGUUUACAGGGACCAACAGCAUUAAUAUUUGACUGGUAUACUGUACGUGUGAGUUCAGUUAUUGUGGCUGACUCAUGCAUUGACAGAUGUUUGUGUGGUUCUUGUGUGUUUUUACCUUUUUAAAGAUGAGAAAUGUCAUUGCAGAGAAAUGAUUCCAGUGUUUAUGCAGAGCCAGUGGACAUAAUGUAAACAACCUACUGUAUGUUUUGCCUUUUUUUCUGAUGCAUGUGGCAGUGCAUUUUAAUUUAGUUGAACUUUAAACAUCUUCCUUUUUGGAAGACGGGAACUCUUUAUUUCAUGUGUAUUUAUUCCAGUUUUGAUUAAUUAAUUUGCACACUUUUUUUCCCCCUCAUUAUAUGACAAUAACAUCAUAUACAAGAUAUUUUUUUUCUGUAUAACUGCUUUGCUUUCAGUUUGCACAAAGGUUGAACUGAGAUGUAAGAAGACCAAGAGACAAUUAAAAGUGUGACCUUAAA